UAUCCAGACAGGAGUUUGUGGCUGAAGGAGUCUCUACUGUACCGAGAGGACAAACAGCUGCUAACAGGACAAUGUCUGCAGUACCUGAUGGGAAGAAACUCGUCCGGAGCCCCAGCGGUCUUCGCAUGGUGCCGGAAAACGGCGCCUUUAACAGCCCCUUCUCCCUGGACGAGCCUCAGUGGGUCCCGGAUAAAGAGUGCCCGAGAUGUAUGCAGUGUGACACCAAGUUCGACUUCAUCAGAAGAAAGCAUCACUGCCGGCGGUGCGGCCGCUGUUUCUGUGAUAAGUGCUGCAGUAAGAAGGUUCCGCUGCCCCGCAUGUGUUUCGUGGAUCCGGUGCGGCAGUGUGCCGAGUGCAGCCUGGCCUCCCAGAAAGAGAUGGAGUUCUACGACAAGCAGCUCAGAGUGCUUCUGGGAGGUGGCACCUUCGUCGUCACUUUGGGAACGUCGGAGAAGUCUGAAACCAUGACGUGUCGCCUCUCCAACAACCACAGGUAUAUGUUCCUGGACGGUGAGAGUCACUUCGAGGUGGAGCUGUCUCGGAUCUCCAGCAUGCAGAUUUUGACAGACGGGUCGAGUCCAGGAGAGAAUGACAUUCACACUUACACCAGUCUGCUGGACAGUCAGUAUAUCUCUGAAGGAGGGGUGUCGCGGGCCAGCGGCAUGCAGCUCCACUACAAGCCAAUGGGCUGCCAGGACGGCCAGCAGCUACACAUGGAGGCAGCAGACGACAAGAAGGCGGCCUCCUUAUGGUUGGCUGCGAUGCACAAGGCGGCCAAACUGCUGUAUGAAGCUCGGGACCAGUGACGUGCAGGCAGCCUGCACCACUGAACCUCCAGGCAGCACACACCCAAGUGUUUUUGUACCCGGUGUCACCGGGGUUUGGUAUCGUUUGGAUUUUUAUUAACGCCAGUCCAGAUUCUGCUUUUCCGUCUGAUUCCUCGUCUAUUGAUACCAGUUCUUAUCAUGGUAAUUUCUAUAAAAAGAAAACCCUUUAUUACCUCUAUAACCAGUACUUUGUACAUCAUGUUUACCGCAAAUAGGCCGAUUGUUCUUUGCAUUUUCCAUCUUUCAGAGUUGUUUAAUCCUCCUUUGAUUUAAUACAUAAAUCAGGGCAAGCAGCAUUAAUGCUCCUGCAUAAAUAUGGAACAAACGCAGGAAAAGAAGCUUUCCGAUCCAAGUUAGGAUCUGUUGGUUUUGGGAGGCUUCUACUUUAAUUUCCUGUUCUUUUUCUCAGAUUAGAGAGCUGGACAGUUGGACCUUGCCAUUAUAACGCCUAAUUAAAUGUUAACAUUACAGCUUUCAUAAAUAAUUUUUUACAACUUCAGAGAUGCAGUAAAACUUCAGAUAGAGGCACGGUUGUUUCGAUAACUUUAUAUGCUGCAGUUAAAUGUUGUUUUUUUUUGUGUGUGUGUGUCAUCUGGGAUUUUAUUUCCUGGAAGAAGUAAUGAGACACUUUACAGAUCCCUGUAGGGAUAGUUUUUUAUUUUAAUUAAAAUUUAGCUGACCCUGCUUCCACAGAGGUCAGCUAAACAGCGCCAAGUAGGGACUGAACGUCUUUGCUCGAGGGACCUUCAGCAGGAUUUUGACGCCGAUCUUCCAGAUUAAAGGACAGUUCCACCUUUUAAAUCCCUUUUAAAGCAGAUAGAAAAGCAGCUUUGUGUGAUGUGUUUUGCAUUCAUUGCAUUGCAGUUGUUUGUAACUCCAUAGACAACAAAGAUGUUUGCUUUAGUGGAGUUUUACCAUUCACCAGGAGUACAGACCAGAAUGCAGUGGUAGGGCAACGUAGGAUUCUGUAACUGAAACAGAAUCAGGUUAUGGAAACUUUUGUGACAGAAUAUUUCCUGAAAUGCAAAGAACAUCACAGAUUUAUCCACAAUUUAAACAAAAUUGUUGGAUUUUUCCUUAAAGAGACAGUUGAGUUUCAGGUGACAAGUUUCUGUUUCUUCUCUGUAAAUGAUUAUGUUAAACUCUUCUCUCUGCUGCAGUUAUUUACAGAUUUAAAUCUUUAGGCCUCAACGUCUAAGGAAGCUACAGACUAUUCACUGAUUUAGUGAAGCAGAAUCACACAGACAUAAGUAAAUGCUUUAAAUGUAGUUUCAUGUAUUGAAGUUUUGUAUGAGCUAUUUUGUGAAAUAUUCCUACUUUAACGUGAGGUGUGUGCGUACUUGCAUCAUUUUUAAAGCUGAAGUAUGACUAUAGGUUUUGUAACACUUGUUAUCUGUAAUUCCUUUUGCUCUUAGUCUAAACAGUCCGUUUCUUCUUUGUACUCGUCGUCACAAGACACAACAAGGAUGUAAAAUGACCACCUUAAAUCAACCAAAUGCUGUUCGGUUCUGGCUGAGUUGGUGGGUUUGUCAGUUUGGUAGUUUGUUGUGCUUUAGUGGACUUAUUAUUAUUAUUAUUAUUAUUAUUAUUAUUAUUAUUAUUAUUAUUAUUAUAAAGAGAAACUUGAAAGUGUUGAGGGAAUUUAAGCCAGUGCAAGAAAAAAUAAUCUUGGCCUGAAUUGUAAACCAAGUGUUUUGACACAAAAACCUUAACUCGGCAGCCUCUGUACUAGCUUUUCUUCAGGCUGAGGAUAGUAUAUGGAAUUGCCCGACCUAUCUCCACAGCACUGUGUCAGCACUGUAGUAUGGUCUGGCUACACCACCUAUCUAUUCUGGGAUAGGGGAAAAACGCUCUGGCUUGUUUGUAUUUCUUUAAACCAAUCACAAAUGUCCUGGGCAGCCCUAAGACCCUAGUCUCGCAUUGCCAGACCUUCCUUCACAGCGCUGUAGAGGAGGGUCUGGCUAGUCCACACAGCAUUCCGGGAUGGGAGAAAAACGUGCUCUGGUUUAUUGCCAUUUCUUUAAACCAAUCACAACAGUCUUGGGCGGCGCCAAGCGCCAAACAGAGCCCUGGUACCUCUGCAAAAUAGUCUCAGGAAGGAACUUGUUUUGGUGGAACGUGUGUACGUUCAAAAGUAGUUUUAGUCGUGCAACAGAAAACUCAGAUUGGACAGAUAGUCUAGCUAGCUGUCUGGAUUUACCCUGCAGACAUCUGAGGAGCAGUUAACCAUAGUCCUCACAAAUCCACCGGAGGUUAGAAUUCCAACACAAAGAAAGCAGAAGGUACCGGACACCGGGCUGAAAAGACUGAAAUCUGCAACGGAGCAAUCCCGCAAGUGGAAUGUUGGGGACAUAGACUACUAAGACCCUUAUACAGCGACCGCGCCCUUGCAAAAUAGAUAGUGGAAGUGAAGGGACAUCCCAUGCAUCUGUACAUCUGUUGAGCCAGAAUAGGCAGUCUAAGACCGUGAGAUGUGAAUGAAAGCUCCAGAAAAAGCUAAUAAGUGGACCUUGAUAGGACUCUUUUGUCAAAACAACCCUGUGUGACCUUAAAUCACACACAUUAUAACUGCAUUUCAGUUACUAACACUAUGUGCUAUAUAAAACUAGGAUUACCAAGUAGCAUCAGCUGAAUCAUAAUUUUCCAUUUUUUUAAAUCUUGCCAGCAUCCGUGUCUUCCCUUUUUUUUUUCUCUAAGCUUGAAGAAACAACUAGUGGUUUAAUGGAGCACAGAACUGGGUUUGUUGGCUUUUUUUUUUACCUUUUUAGUGUCAUUGAUACCCAGUUAAAAACACAUUCUCCACCUCCACUUUGUAACAUAGUUUAUUUUUCUACGCUGCUCACCUAAGAAUUAAAAGCGCUAGUUGUCGUUUGGUUCAAGUGUUUUUCAGAACAGAGACGGAGGAAAGAUUUGUAAAGGUGUUUUUUUUUUUUUUUUUUUGUAAAAAGAUGUCUGUGUGGUCGCUCUUGAUGUCGUCUCUGAGGCAUAACUGUACAUUCACAAUUAAGUUCUUCCUCUAUAGAGCUGUAUGUUAUGAAGAUGGAUGAGAGGACUGCACAGUUAGGAAACACAACGGUCAUAUGUGAUCUGUUUUUAGGCUACUGUACUGUUUAUCUACCACUAAUAAGAUGAGGUCUUAACAUCAAAAUCAUACUCCCAGAGUUUUGUUCAAUUGAAAUUGGUAAAUUGGACAUUUUGCAUCACAGUACUAUGCUGCCAAAAUACACCACCCUAACAAGUUUGAUUAAAAAUACAAAAUAUUAUAAUGAAUUUCUGCAGUUUAAUUCAAAAUAAUUAAAUUGCUUUCUUCCAUUUGAAGCUGCCAGCUUUAAAUGUAUCAUGAUUACCGUUAUGCAAACAUAUGUAGCUGUUUAUUAUAUUCUCUGUGCAGCCCUCUCAGACUGUCCUCAGUAGUGAGUUAAUGAAGAGUUUUUGUUAUGAGUCAUCACUCAGCCAGUGUUUGUACCUGCACUUUAAAGCCCACUCUGAUCACAGUCCGCUCUAUCCCAGCUCUGAAAACACUUCUACACCCUUUUGUUGGAUUCUUCUGUUGAGAAUAAAAUCAAGUGUUUAUACA